CGCCGAAAGUAUGAAAAUGCGGUCCUCUGGGCAUGGAAGAGAACCAAUGGCAUUGACCACCGAGAGUAUGCCUUUUUCGCCGAAAUUUCCGAUUUUCCAAAUGUUCGGCUUUUCCAAAUAUCAGUGUUUUUGGCAGAAAAUUUAUUCUGAAAAUGGCGAAUUAGCGCUCGACGAUUCUUUGCUCUCUCUAUCUAUGAAAUGACGAACUUGCAGGACCUGUGAAUUAGGGCAUAUUGAUUGGUUUCGGGUGCUUCUACGGCAGGAUUGAGGGGCGAAAAAUGGUGUUCUGGACCUCAAUUCUGAAGCUUGAACGGUGAAUUAGGGUUUUGAUGUUCCGAGGAUUAUGUUUUUUUGGGCAAAAUUUAUUGGUGAAAAGAGUGAUCCGGGGGCAAAUUUGGUGUUUGGAAUGAUGAGAUAGGGUUUUGGCCUUUGGUGUGAAUCUGUUUUCAGGGAAGAAUUUGCUUGUGAUAACGGAGAAUUUGUGACAGUUCAGCUGAGAAACUGCGGAUUGUAGCUACGCAUUUAUUGAUUUUUUGCAUGGGCUGCUGAAUUUAUUGGUGAAAAUGAUGGAUUAGGUUCGUUAAUCCAUCACCUGUGUCCUGGGACGAUUUACAGGUGAAAAAAAAUGGGGGAAUUGGUUCUUUUGAGAUUAGUACCUUUCAGUAGAGCACAAAAUCUGGUUUUUGGAAAUGGUGAGUUAGGGUUUGAUUAUCUGUGAGCGCAAGCUGCAUUUCACAGGCACAAAUCGCAGGUUCUGAUAAUUUGAGCUGCUUAUAGGUUGAUUUAGUUGGAAAAAAUGGGGAAUUAAGGUUCAGUGAGUUGUCAAGCUUUGUCUAGGUCGAAUUCAAAAGUAAAAUGGGUGUUAGGUUUUAUUGAUUGAUCAACUUCUCUUCAUCAUCUUCCUAUGGAAAUGCCUGGAAGGAGAUCCAAUUACUCCCUCUUGAGCCAGUACCCAAACUCAUCAGAAGACCAUCAAUCCAAGUACACUGCAACCUAUGAAUCCUUUCCUCCCUCUGACAAGAACAAGGCCAAAUCAGAUAGGGUUUUUGACUGGUCUGAUGGUGAUUUUCGAUCAAAUCUGGCCGUCGGAUUGCAACCAGGAGGCAGGAUGGGGCCGUCCAUUUUUCCCAACAGCGGGUUACAGAGACAAUCAAGCGGUAGCAGCUUUGCAGAAAGCUCUUUAUCAGGGGAUUAUCAUCCAAGUGUUUCUUUGAAUACAAAUGAUCCUGCUUUUUUCAAUCCUUUACAAGAAGAGGUUUGGAAAAAUGGUAGUAGUGAUUCUAGGUUCAAACAGGUUGAGGUCACUAGUAAUUCUUCAAAUUCAAAGAGCUUUGCUCAACAAACAGAGGAGAGCUAUCAGUUGCAAUUGGCUCUUGCUCUCAGGUUAUCAGCUGAAGCCACUCAUACUGAAGAUCCCAAUUUCAUGGACAAUCGACCGGGUGAUAUUGUGCUCGGGUCCCCUCGUAAUUGUCUCGAAUAUUUGGCUUAUCGAUAUUGGGUAAAUGGGUGUCUAUCCUAUUGUGACAAGGUACCAGAUGGUUUCUACCAAAUUUGGGGUCUGGAUUCGUACGUAUGGGCUGUAUGUACUGAUCAGCAAGAAAGUGGACGGAUGCCAUCGCUUGAAUCGCUAAUGGCUGUUGUUCCCAAUGAUUCAUCAAUUGAGGUGGUUUUGAUUGAUAAAAGGAGUGAUUUUGAGCUAAGAGAGCUUGAAAAUAAGGUGAUUGGUAUGUCAUUCUCUUGUAUUACCACAAAAGAAGUAGUUGAGCAAUUGGGGAAGCUUGUAUGCUCGCGUAUGGGGGCUGCAGCUUCUACUGAAGAAGGGGAGUUAAUGGACCAAUGGAAGGAGUGUACUAAGGUGCUCAAGGGUUCCUUGGGCUCUGUUGUGCUCCCUGUAGGAAGUCUAUCUGUUGGUCUCUGCAGGCACCGCACCCUACUCUUCAAAGUGUUAGCUGAUACUAUAGAUCUACCUUGUCGGAUUGCUAAAGGUUGCAAAUACUGUGGGCUAGAUGAUGCUUCCUCCUGCAUAGUGCGGUUCGGAGCAGACAGGGAAUACUUAGUUGAUUUGAUUGGGAACCCGGGAUCUUUAUGCGAGCCAGAUUCCUUUUUGAAUGGCCCAUCUUCCUUGUCGAUAUCUUCGCCUUUGCGUCCUCCAAGAUAUAAAUCAAUAGAGGUUACUGAAAAUUUCAAGACUUUGGCCAAACAAUAUUUCAUGGAUAGCCAGUCCUUGGAUCUUAUCUUUGAUGGUCUCUCAACAGGUAGAGGUUCUGGUCAAGAAGACGCACUGCCCAUGAAGAAUUUUGACAGCAAGUACCCAGACACAAUGUGUAUGUCUCAUGUUUUCAGUAGCGGUGAUGAAGUUUCUCAGCCUGCUCUUAUCCAGCUCCAUAAUCGAGGGAUUAAUGAAGCCAAGCCUUCUGAUGAAUGGUUUAAUCGUCGCCAACUGACAGGUAUACAUUUCAAUGAUAGUGGCAAUGAUUCUGUGCCAUUGCAACAUAUUCAACCACAUGGGCAUAGAAAUGUUCCACAAAUAUUAGCCUUGGUUGACCAGACGAUUGAUAAGGGCAAGGACUUGAGACUCAAUGAUCCUGUACGUAUGAUACCAAGCAAAUCAUCCCGUGAACUACCUCUGGCUGUGGAUGAACUUGAUAUUCCAUGGAGUGAUCUUCUACUGAAGGAGAGAAUUGGAGCAGGUUCCUUUGGCACAGUCCAUCGCGCUGAUUGGCAUGGAUCAGAUGUUGCUGUGAAAAUACUCAUGGAGCAAGACUUCCAAGAAGAGCGUCUUAAGGAAUUCUUGAGGGAGGUGGCUAUUAUGAAGCGCUUGCGGCAUCCAAACAUUGUUCUUUUCAUGGGUGCUGUGACUCGCCCUCCAAACUUGUCAAUUGUCACUGAAUAUUUGUCAAGGGGAAGUUUGUAUCGGCUUUUACGUAAACCUGCUGCAAGAGAAUUAUUGGAUGAUAGGCGCCGGCUGCGUAUGGCACUUGAUGUGGCAAAGGGGAUGAAUUAUCUGCAUCGCCAUAAUCCUCCCAUUGUUCAUCGGGAUCUAAAGUCCCCAAAUCUUUUGGUUGAUAAGACAUGGACAGUGAAGGUUUGUGAUUUUGGCCUUUCUCGUUUGAAGGCAAACACAUUUCUUUCUUCAAAGUCAUUAGCUGGAACUCCUUCAUAUUUCAUCAGCCUGAGUGGAUGGCUCCAGAAGUUCUUCGCGAUGAACCAUCAAAUGAGAAAUCUGAUGUGUAUAGCUUUGGGGUGAUCUUGUGGGAACUUGUGACAUUGCAACAACCAUGGAGUAAUUUGAAUCCUGCCCAGGUGGUUGCUGCUGUUGCAUUCCAGAACAGAAGGCUUCAGAUUCCAAGCAAUGUGAGUCGGGAGAUAGCUUCCAUAAUCGACUUGUGCUGGGUGAAUGAACCUUGGCAACGACCUUCUUUUGCCACUAUUAUGGAGCAGUUGAAGUCACUGAUAAAAUCUCCGUCUUCUCAAACCAUCAUUGAUGAGGCUUCAUCACUCACUUGAAGGCCAAUAACCCACGAAUUAUUGCUCUCAGUACACAUCCAACACAUUCUUCUAACAAUUUCCAUGGUGGCAGGGGUCCCAUUCACCAGAAUUAGCCAUUGAGGGUGUUAUUGAGUGUAUAGUACUCUCAUCUGCUGCUUACUGCUUCGGCGAGCUUACCAGACAUGACAAGCAGAUGUUAUUUCGUAAUCCAAUGAGUUUUUGAUGCAGCCUUUCCGAAUCUAAGUGUAAAUUUCUUCACUUUUAUCUUUUGAUCAUGUAUUCAUUUUGUCCUCCUUUUUUUUUUUUUGCAUUUUUUAUGAACAAGUUUUUGCAUUUAAAAGCAAUAUCUCAUGGUGAAAUCAACAGUUAGCAAUGUUCCAAUUUGGUCUGAUGACCAUGGUAUCCAAUUUCCCUUAGCCUUGGGGGAAGUUAAUUGGAUAUAAUCCUUGUAAUGUGCAUAUGAGCCUUUUUUAACAUGAAGCCUUUUAGGUAACAAUGUCGUGUUAUUUUUUUGUGGAAGUAAUUAAAAAUUUCAGAAGAGGAGUAACCAAA